UUAAUGGAGUAGGGCUGACACGAUCUGAAAUAAUACUUCCUUAUAAAGAUACAGAACCAAAAACUGAAUAAGAAUGUCAGAAAAUAAUACUCCCCUGUAUGAAGAAGGAGAACCACUUAUAUAUGAUCCAGAUUUUCAACAUUUCCAUAAGGAGAGAUUGAAGAGAAAAAGAAGAGUUCGAUUUUUUAUUGCGUUGAUUGUGUUUCUGUGUCUACUGUUUCUACUGGUGCUAGGAUUAUUUUAUAUAACGACCCUAGGGCAGGAUGAUGAGGACAACCCUGGUCCUAGUAAUUCUAUCCUUGGAGAAUACAGCCAUGCAGCGGUAGCAUCGGAUGUAGAAGAAUGCUCAAAAGUUGGGAGAGAUAUUUUAGAGAAGAAAGGAUCAUCAGUAGACAGUGCUAUAGCUACGUUAUUAUGUAUGUGUGUGGCUGAUGCUCAGAGUAUGGGUAUAGGUGGUGGCUUCUUUAUGACUAUAUAUCACAAAUCUAAUAAAAAAGCCAUUGUUAUUGAUGCCAGAGAAACAGCCCCCGAGAAAGCCACUCAGGAUAUGUUUGUUAAAGACCAUAAAGCCUCACAACAGGGUCCUCUAUCCAUAGCAGUGCCGGGUGAAAUACAUGGCUAUUGGUUGGCUCAUCAAAAAUAUGGUAAAUUACCAUGGAAAGAUUUAUUUCAAGCUUCAAUCAAAAUGGCCAAAGAAGGAUUUGUUGUUCCAGAUAAUUUAGCUAAAUCUUUUCAGCUAGAAAAAGAUGUCAUUUUUAAAGAAAAAUCUUUAAGGAAGGUUUUUGUUAACCCCGAUACGGGAGAACUGUACAGAAGUGGAGAGAUAAUGAAGAGACCAGAAUUAGGUGCAACCUUAGACACCAUCAGUAAGGAAGGCUACGCAACAUUUUAUAAUGGUUCAUUAUCAAAGUUAAUAUUAGAGGAUCUCAAUGAAAUUAAAUCAAUUAUUACUGAGAAUGAUUUAAAGAUGUAUAGAGCUAAACAAAGGAAGGUAUUAAAGAUUAAAUUAAAUGAUGGAUUAAAACUGUAUUCCCCUCCACCUCCAUCUAGUGGUGCUGUUUUAUCGUUUAUACUUAAUAUAUUAGAUGGUUACAAGUUUAUAUCUGAUGAUAUAGAUUCCAUAGACAGUUCUGUUUUAACAUAUCACAGAAUGGUCGAAGCUUUUAAAUUCGCCUACGCUAAAAGAACAGAUUUAGCUGAUGAAGAUUUUGUCGACGUUAGAGAUUUAGUAGCCAAUUUAACAUCUCGAGAUUAUGCGGAAUAUAUUCGAUCUAUGAUCUGGGAUAAUCAAACACAUGAUUUAAUGUAUUAUGGCCCAACAUUUUACGAUAAACUAACCACAAGUACAGCUCAUCUAUCGGUUGUAGACCAGGAUGGGAAUGCUGUCUCUGUAACUAGUACUGUUAAUGCUAAAUUUGGAUCAAAAUUACGUGGAAUGAGAACAGGAAUUAUAUUCAACAAUGAAAUGGAUGAUUUCUCGACACCAAAUAUUACAAAUGAAUUUGGUAUUCCCCCAUCACCUGCUAAUUUUAUCAAACCUGGUAAACGACCGCUGUCUUCAAUGUGUCCGGCUAUAGCAGUAGAUAAAUCUGGUAUGGUUAAAUUGGUUAUUGGAGCAGCAGGAGGAUCUAGAAUAACCACAGCAACAGCCUACGCUGCUAUGAAUGUAUUAUGGUUUGGUAAAAAUAUAAAACAAUCUAUAGAUGCUAGAAGAUUACAUCAUCAAUUGUUACCACCGUAUAUAUCGUAUGAAACAGGUUUUAAUGUGCAUAUAAUGAAUGGAUUAAAGCAGAAAGGCCACAAUAUAACAGAAGUAAAGCUUGGUUCCUCCAUCGUGCAAGGCAUAACACAACAUGAUCAUAAAUUAUACGCAAAUUGUGAUUUUAGAAAAGGUGGUGAACCGGCCGGGUUUUAACAUCUGUUAUGACCUCAAGUCAAAGUUCAAACUUGUUGCCUUUGUCAAUGUUACUGCUUAAGCAUGCUAUUAUUUCUAAGAAAUAUUUACUAAUUAUUUUUGUUGUUAAAGUCUCGGGUCGUUAUUCAAUCUGAUUAAAACUCAGAUCCUAUUUCGUUUCGUUUUUAUAGUUCAAAAUUUCGUUUUACUUGUCUUUACUACACUAGGAUAUGGAAGAGUUGUUAUCAUUAUCCUGUUUUGAAUGAUGUGAGCUAUUAGCCAAUGAAACGGUCUGUUACGGCGAGCUUUAGGGAUGUUUUGCACAGAACUGUGAGUAAUCCACUAUUAACAUCAAUGCUGAUUGGUUAAUCAAAUGUCUGACAUCAUAGGGUCAAAAGUCUCUUGUAUGACCACCUCUGACGCAACCUAUCACUACAACCGGUCAGAUCUUCAUGUAGUGUAGGCCAUCGAAAGUAAAAAAAACGAAACAAAAUAUAGAUGUGUAUUUUAAUCAGAUUGGUUGUUAUUUGAGAGAUUUGAAUCCCUGAUAAGCUUCAAUAUUGUGAAAGAUGAAAAGAACAUCUGUCCAAUAUUGUGAAUGUUGAAUCUGUAAAAGUAAUAUCAGUCCAAACAUGGUUCAAUUCCAUUCAGUAUUUACAAAGAUUUGAUAAAUUGAAAUUGUUCAGAACAAGCCAGAGCCACCUAUAAUCUUUUCUAAAAUAUUUUGAUGUGCCUCUUAUUAAUCGGAUUGAAUCCAAGCCAGGAGAUUAUCUCUUUUGAUUUUGUUUUCUUAAUUGAAUAAUUAAUUUGUAAAUUUUAACAUAGGGUAUAAAAUUCAUUAAAACAUAGAAAUUGUUGAUAAAUGGCUUUUAGGGAAUAGCCUCAGAUAUAUAUUUUAGUGGUUACUUCUGUGGUAGAAAUUCUUAGAAAGCGUUAUCUAAUUUUUGGGACUAUCUAAAUCACUGUGGUAGAAAUUCCUAGAAACCAUUAUUUUAUUUCUGGAACUAUCGAAAUCACUGCGGUAGAAAUUCCUUUAUCUCACUCCUGGAACCAUUGGAAUCACUGUGAUAAUUUUUCUAAGGAAUAAAACUUAAGAGUUUCUGUGCCAUAACAGUGUCUGGAUAAUCAUGGCUAUAUGCUUGAUAUAAAUAUAGCAGUAAGUGAUUGUCAUGAUUAUAGGUCAGUUAAUCAGUGCAAUUAAAAAAAUGAGUUAUAUUACUACCCGGUUAUGCAAAUUUAUUAUUAUUACACAUUUCUAUAACUCACAACUGCGUCAUGAAUGUGCUCAUGCGCUUCACAAAGACGGGUAGAGCAACACAAUAUUACAUAUACAUAAUAUAAAGAGAUAAUAAAGAACAUACUUGAUAAAAUAUAUAAUAUAAAUUGUUAUUUAGAUAAAAUUACAUGUAAUUAAAAUAGCUCUUGAUAAUCUAACUAUUAAAUGAUCAGGAAAACGAGGAGGGGUAUUGCACCCGAAACGUUGGGUUGAUAUAAAGAUCUUUUAAAUCUACAAGUCUGUUGCUGGUUCUGUUUGGCGGGGAUUCUUUAAUUUUAUCUAUUAAAUGAUCAAUUCUCAGCAUCUAAAGAUUUUGAUUUGUGAUUUUCAGAUAAGGUAAUCUGGCUAUUUCUUCACAUUUUACUGUUGGAUUUGGGUAUCAUGAGAAAUGUGGAACUCUUUAUGUGAAUAGCUUACUAAUGACAUAACCUGGUUAAAUAUUAUUUAGUAUGUUGGUCAUGGUUCAAUAUAUCAAUUAAUUUUCACUGUUAAAUGUUUCUAUGUAUGUAAUGUAUUAACCCUUUUAGCACCUAACUAAUUUCCUUGUAAACCUCCCUAUCACAUGCACAGCUAUAGCGUCCAUAGUAAAU